UCCUUUCAUAUCCCUUCACUCCUUCCCCUUCCCGCCCUCCCACAACACCCCCCCCCAAGGAAUUCUGACCAACCAAGGCGGCCGAUGGCUAAAUCCUAAACCAAUUUUAAAAACUAAUCCCCAGAUCAGAUAGGCCAACUACUCCUAAUCUCAGAAGACAGUCCAAAUGAUCCGGAAUACGAAGCCCAGUGAAGGAAUCUUCACAAAAGUAUUUGCAUUUACCACUUCCUAAUGAUCUGUAUUCAUUUUCUAACAUGCCCAUUCUACUACUUUAAGACUGAGUGACUAGCCCAGCACAGCGACUGCCCAAUGGGCAAAAUUCUUGAGAAGCUGCUGUUCCUCAUCAGCUCUUCCAGUAACGGAUCUAUGCCUAACCUCUGGGCCAAAAAUGAUAGGAGCAAAAGCGGUGACAGCCCAGACCACCAGCCAGGGCCUUGCACAGCAGCACGGUGGAAUCGGCGAUGUCAUAGUGAAAACCCCCUUUUAUCAGUGUCUUGCUGUGUGUGGGCCUGUUUCUUUGACCAGCUCCACCACUCUAGGAGGCCCUCUCUCAGAGUCUUCUAGUAGCCUACUGCUCUAUAUCCUUCUCCAUUUGGGGACCUCAGCAAUCUGCCUCCUGCUAUCUAGGACAGUGGUAGAAGGGGUCUGGGGCAAAGCAUAAGGGAUCCAGAUGCCCUCGGUGCUGUGUGCCCACCUAUUUGGCAACUCAGAAUGCCCAGUGCUCAGUGGCUCAGGGGCUGUGUAUUGAGUAUGUGCAGGAACUGCCACUUUCCACCUGCUGCAGGUUGUGCUGGCAGUCCGCCUCCUCUCUCCCACCUGCCCUCCUGCACAGCUGCAUAAUAGCUUCUGGAGCUUCAAGCUGGUGUUCCUGUUAGGUCUCUAUACUGUUGCCUUCUGCAUCCCUGAUGAGCACCUCUUCCCAGCCUGGCAUUACAUCAGCAUCUGUGGAGGCUUCACACUCAUCCUAUCACAGCUGGUGCUAAUCACAGCCUUUGCCCACUCACGGAACAAGAAUUGGCAGACUUGUGCAGCCCAAGACUGUAACUGGUUCCUAGCCAUGUUACUGGCCACCCUAGGGUUCUACAGUAUGGUAGGUGUGGGAGCUGUGCCACUGUUCCACCACUACACUGACGGUUGUCUGUUCAAUAAGUCAUUACUCAGCCUGCACCGGUUCUGUGGCCUCCUCUCUUUCCUCUCCAUCACACCUAGCAUCUGCUUCAAGCACCCAAGUUCUGGCCUACUGCAAGCCUCUAUCAUCAGCUGCUAUAUCAUGUUUCUGACCUUCUCUGCACUGUCCAGCAGUCCCCCAGAGACAAUAACCUUUCAAGGACAGAAUCAGACCUUGUGCCUGCCUGGCAAGAAUAAAAUGGAACCACAAAUACCGGAUACCUCAGUAGCAGUGUUGAGUGCUGGCACCAUGUAUGCUUGUGUGCUUUUUGCUUGCAAUGAGACUUCCUACCUGGUUGAGUUGUGGAUCAUCAAGGUUUACAAUUAUGAGUUCCAGGAGGAGCUUCUGCAACCCUGCCUCCCAGUAGCACCCCUCUCUCUCUCCCCAGGGCAAAGCAGCACAGCCAGGCCAGCUGGCCCAGAGACCCCACCAGCGGCUCAGGCGCAAAGGCAGCAUCUUCCCUACAGCUACUCUGCCUUCCACUUCACCUCCAUCCUUGUUUCGCUCUAUGUCAUGGUCACCCUUACCAAUGGGUUCAGCUAUGAGGAAGCAGAACUGGAGAAGACCUUCCCUAAAGGUAGCCGGGCUACCUUCUGGGUCAAAGUUGCCUCAUGCUGGGCAUGUGUCCUCCACUAUCUGGGGUUGCUCCUGGCACCACUCUGUAGACUUCCCACUCAGAAUCACCACGACCCCAAGGUGACAACACUGCCGUCUCAUCAGUACUGCUCCCCAUCUAUGUGAACAAACUGAGGUACCCUUUACAUUAUACUCCUAAUCUUAGCUCCAUGAAUCAUCUAGCUGAGCUCAGUACCUCAAAGACAAAUGAGUAGUUACACCUAGGCUCAAUACUCCAUCUAAGUAUCUAAAUUGGAAGUGGCCAAACACACCCUAGUUUCUUGAUUCAGUAAAACUAGUGUCUUCAUUUAAGCUCAAGAGUCUAACUCCCAAAUCAGUAAACUCAGAAGCUUUAGCUGAUCCUAGCAGUGUGGCACCAGCCCCUUCCUAGCUCCAGAGCUGGAGAUAAGGGGCAGGGAAAGACCAACAGAGACUGAAGAUUUGGGUUUGCCCUUGGCAAUCAAAAGAAAACAAGUGGUCCAGCCCUGGGCACAGGGAUGUAAGAAGCCCAGAACCACAAAACAAACCAGGGCAUAGAAGAAUGGAGCAGAGGCUACCACGGGUUUUAAUCCCGAUCUUGAGGUCAAAGAAACUGGAAGACAAAAAAAUACCUUCGUUCCAUGAGGAAAGACAGAAGAGAAUGUGAGCACUUGAGAGCAGCUGACCACCGGAAGUUGGUGAGCAGAUUUUUCCCCCCCUUUGGCCAACUUUCAAGCAAAGAAUGAGGAAGAGACAUAAACUUAGAUCCUUCCCCUCUUAUAGCCCUCAAUACCAUCAUGGAGACAGUGUUCAAGGUCUGAGUGGGGCAUAAAAAUCACAGAAAAGAAGUCUCUAUAGUUCUUAUAGGAUUCCUCUACCACAGAACUGGAGUGCUUUUCUGGUUGCCAUAGUAAAAUAGGCUUCU